UCAGAGACAGUUGAAGCUACAGAGCGGCAUCACUGGAGGGAAACAUAGGCUCAAAAGCAAAAUAAAUCACACUGAUGCAAGCUGAUUUUUGAAAUUGCAAGAGAAGAACAAGUGAAAACAACAAAGAGCAUCUAUAAGCAGCUAUGCGGCCACGGUCCAGACUGCUGUCCAAGAGGAGACUCACUCUGCCAACGAUCAAAGAGGGUGCGGAGGAGACGGUGAAGGAUUUGAAUGAGGCCAACACACUUCUCCUCAGCAAUCACAGCCAGGCGGUCUCAUCGGAGGACUACCUCCUCUCCAUCUGCCACCUGGCCCGCCCCACUUUCCCUGCCAGAGACGUUUCCCCCGACAGCUUCCACACACGGCAGGAAAACACAGCGCAGCACAGGCUGAGGCCGUCACGGCUCAUCAGGACUACAUUAAACACUUUUGAGUUCAACUUAAAAGAGAAGCCACAAACCAAUCAUGUGCUUCAGGAUGAGAAAAAAGAACUGAAUGAGGAGUUGCUGUAUGGCAACUCUGACCCUUUAGAGUAUCUUUACGGACACCAGAACAACAUCUCAGCACUCUCAGGAACGGGUGAGGGAAGGUUUGCAAGGCAGCAUGGAAGCGUAUGGCGGAGCAACAGAGCAAACAGCAUCCCUCACGCUUCAAAUGCAGAUAUCCCAUGCCAUCGAAAGAGCAGCUGCCCAGAAAUACAGACCAACACCAAUAUUUCAGUUCCAAAUGUUUCCCCGAAACACAGCUUCUCCGGGUCGGAGGUCAUCGGGAGAGCCUGCCCAAAAGACAGAGUAGCAGAGGGUGAGAAACUGAAUCCGGUUGUGAAACAUUCCCUCAUCUCCCGUUGGAUCUCUGACUGCAGGUCAGCUUGGAGAGAAACACGCUUAAGAGCCUGUAUGCUGCCUGCUAUUGCUGAGGUAUAAGAAGCACGGAGACAGCCAUGGUGACAUUCCCCAGAAUAUAUCCUCCUAAUAUAUUUGUGUCAAGGCAUGAGGCAUUGGUGUUAUAAAAUAUGUAGGAAAAACAUGUUUGAAAUAUACAAAGGCAAGUAAAUAGAAUCAUGAUUGCCCAUCUGUGACAUGAUAUAAAUGUUCUCCAGUUUUUACAUAAUCCUUCCUCUAUUGAUGUUUGUUAGUGACCAUAAAAAGUCAUUAAAGAGACCAAAU